AUGCAUCCAAAUUCUGUUCUCAAUGAUCUAUGGCAAGUUGGAGGACGCCAGUGGGAUGAGCCUAAAUUACGACAACAACUUUUACUUGAAGAUGCAGCCCAUGCUUGUUGCAUAUAUCUUCCACAACAUCAAUGUCCGGAUAAACUAGUCUGGCAUUACACCAAGGAUGGCAUUUACACAGUGAAGUCUGGAUACUGGCUGAGUCUUCAUCUCCCGGAUGCUAAUGACCACAUUGAUCCACCACUAGGUAAUCCUUUGCUAAAAACAAAGCUUUGGAAAACAUCACUGCCACCAAAACUAAAACAUUUCUACUGGCGAGUGUUAUCUGCUGCUCUGGGAACUGCUCAUGAACUCAACCGUAGGGGAAUUCCCAUUGAGGACACUUGCCAACGUUGCUGUCAAGCGGUCGAAUCUAUCAACCAUAUGCUCUUCCAGUGCCCAUAUGCCUCAAAAAUAUGGAGACUGUCCAAUCUUCCUGCUGGUUUCACAUUUUCAUCAUCUCUUGAAGAUAACAUUGAAGCCUUAUUACUCAUGUACAACUCGGGAAUGAAUAGAGAUAAGCAACAUCUCCCUUUUUGGAUUGGUUGGCAAAUAUGGAAAUCAAGGAAUGAUCUUAUAUUCAAUAAAAUAACUUGGGAGACAAGUUCGGUGCUCCUCAAAGCUACUGAUGAUGUUGUAGAAUGGCUGGCUGCAACUCAACCAUCUAUACAACGCCCUCCUCGCAACUCACCAACUGUUCAUUCUCCCUCAUCUCAAUGGACACUUCCUACAACGGAAGUAGUCAAGGUAAACUUUGAUGGAAGUUUUCACUCUCAUAAUGGCAGCAUAGGAGUAGGGUGGAUAAUUCACGGUGAUAAAGGAACAUAUCUCUUAUCCAGAAGUUCCAAACUUAAACAAGCAUCUAAUCCGCUAUGGACUGAAAGACUAGCAUUACUACAUGCUAUUCAAUCAACUUGGUGCUGUGGCUACCGAAAGGUGAUACUAGAAGGAGAUUGCAAAGCUUUAGAUGAUCUCCUGCAUAGAAGAACAACGAGUAUAACUAUGGAAAAUCUCCUAGUUGAUAUCCGCAGUUGGGCGGAUCUUUUUGCUGAAAUAUCUUUCUCGCUUGUACGACGGGAAUGUAAUCAGGUGGCUGAUAAACUAGCUAAGUCAGCUCAUUAUCAACCAGAAACUAUUUGA